AGCCAGGAAGAUCUGGGUGGAGCCAAGGACUGUCCGCAGUGCCAGAGCCUUCUGCUGCCUGUGCCGCUGAGUCGCAGCUGCGAGGAUGUUGCCAUUGAAGACCACUGGUGCACCUGCUGGGCCUACGACAGUGUCUACAAGAACUCCAAGGUUGUGCGACAGCUGGCGAAGCGAGUGGUGCGGUACCUAAACGACUAUGUGGGUAGCUUCCGCAACGGCAGCCUGGCGCAUCUGUGCCAGCCGCUGUCGCUGCAGAGCAUGAGCGCCGCCUAUAAGGCGCACCCGAAUGACAACGAUCCCAGCCAUAUAGAGAUCUAUUGGCUCAUCUUCUACACCGCGCCCAACAAGGCGCUCUACGAGGCAACAGUGCGCCACAACAAGCAGCUGCCAGAGGCCGAGAAUAUGCUAGUGACGGGAUCGGUGAGUCGUCUGAACAUGUACAACGGCGAGGCGGACUGCAUGAACGACUUUUCCAUCAAAAAGUAUUGCUAUUGCAAGCGCAAAGGAGGUUGACGAUGGCCUCCGAUAUUAUAGGCUUAAGCCCCCAAGUGCCGUUAUAUGUAGUUAUUAAGGGCUUAGCGUAGUAACGUCCUCUUUCUCUCUCUGUAGAAAGCAUAUAGACUCGGACCAUUUCCAGAGCCGCAACGUGAUAAUACUUACUUACAUACAUAUAUAUAUAUAUAUAUAUAUAUA